UCGAUAUCAGUUUUAAUUUGACCGCUUUAGCAAUGAGUGCACCAAAUCUUGAAGAACUUCACGAUGACUGCCUAUACUAUAUAUUCCAGUUUUUAUCCACUGAAGAACGCAUUACUUUUUCGCAAGUAUGCAAGCGAUUUCGUCAGUUUUUUAUCAACCAGUGCGGUAGUAAAUACCGCGAAUAUAUUCUCGAUAAAGACAGUACGAGAAUAGAGCUAAUACAAUUUUGCACCUGUCGGGAGAUGGUAACGUCCUUGACCAUCGAUCUGGAUCACUUUAAUACGGCCAGAUGUUUUAGGAACUAUGGAUGUAUAGCUUCUGAAAACUGCUUUGGAAUUCUUUGCCAGACUUUGGCCGGCAUGAUUGGGUUAGAGCACUUGGUAGUGAAUCAACUGGUCUUUCUCAUUACACCCAUUGUAAAGCCCUUCGAUCAAAUUCUGGCUGCCGUAAGACAUUUGCCGCAACUGACAAGAUUGGAAGUGCAUGCUAUAGAUGACUGCAGUUUGGAUCGCCUGAGUCAGCUUCGUCACCUCGAAAAUCUGCAGAUCCUCGUACCGAAAAUUCCACUAGCAACUCUUGUUAAGUCCUGCAAGUCCAAUGGCAAUCUUAGCAGCCUCCACCUCGGUUAUGCAUGUGUUCAGAAGAAUUUGAGAGAUAUAGUGCCCUACUGCAAAAAUCUGGAGGUUCUCAAGUUCGGGAUGUCCGCGAAUUCUUCAGAGUACUUGCCACUGGCAAUGCUUCCAGAACUCAGGGAGCUGUCGUACUUUGGAAUCCGCCGAAGUGGCUCCUUUGAGCCUCUACUUUCUGCUCUGGCGGCCAAAUCCCAGUUGACACACCUGUCCAUAGACGGUGGAAGUCUUACUCUACAAGAGGCAUCCCAGUUGGUCCGCAUCCAGAGCUUAAGACACUGCAAAUGCUUCUGCUCAACGACAGAGUGUGUGGAAAUGCUGGCUAACCUGGCGAAUCUGGAAGAACUAUGUCUCUCGAUGUCCUGUUCACUGGAUAUUUCCAAUUCCCUACUGACAAUUAUUGCAAACUGUAAAAAUCUCAAACUUCUUCGUAUUGCGAUGGGUAAAGUUGAUACACAGGUUUUAGACGAUGCCAUAAGACUUGAAAACGCUAAAGCAAAAAAAAACACUAAGACUCCAAUAGUCUUAGAGGUAGAUAAAUAG